AUGGAGGAGCAUGUGGGUCACCUAAGAGAGGUGUUAAACAUGCUGAAACAACACUGCAUGUUUGCCAAAAAAUCCAAGUGUCGGUUUGCGGUUAAUGAAGUUGACUAUUUGGGCCACAUUAUUAAUGAUAAAGGAGUGAUGGGAGAUCCCUCGAAGGUUGUUUCUAUGGUAGAGUGGCCCGAGCCUAAGAAUGUGAAGGCCUUACGAGGAUUUCUUGGGCUCACGGGAUAUUACCAGAAAUUUAUCCAGAAUUAUGAUCUCAUCGCUGCUCCACUUACCUCAUUACUCAAGAAAAACGAUUUUUCUUGGAACCCGGAGGCUAGCAAGGCUUUUACAGCCUUAAAACAGGCCAUGUCCCACCCACCAAUCCUUAAACUCCCUAAUUUUAGCAAGCCAUUUGUAAUUGAGUGUGAUGCAAGCGGAAAUGGAAUAGGGCAGUGUUAA